AUGCUGAAGCAUACAUCUCGCGUCUCGGUGGUCUUCACGCAAGCCUUCCCGGGUCUGCAACGCUUCGCUAAAGAGAAGUUUUUGCCGUCGAAUCCGUUGUCGUCCUCCUGCCUGUGGCUGGACGAGGAAGACUUCCGUGCCGUAAAAGCGAGAGCGUCUUUCUACAAUAUGCCGAACCCCCUUCGCAUUGAUCCCUAUGCCCAUCACCCACUCCUGUCCCGCUACGCCCCUGAGCUGGCAAGGGGGACGGCUGCAGGGCAAAGGAAGAACAAGCGGAAGGCCAAGGGCGCUACACAGGAUACGCACAAUGACACGGCCGCGGCAAGGUCGGUGACAACGCACGGCGCAGGCCCGCAGGCGACGAACGCUAUCGACGCCGAGGCUCCUGAUCAUCUGCGCGCUGCAGCGGAGGAUGAGGCGGCGGGACAGGAAGCACCCUCCGGAUCCGUGCUGACGGGCGGCAAUUCCGGUGGCGGCACUCAACACAGUAUGGAGGAGGCGACGCUGCCGUGCUGCCGUCGAGGGAGACUGCGGGGGAGUACAGCCACAGCUGCGAAGCAGGCAAUGCAGGCGCCGGUAUUAGCGGAAGAUGUACAGCGCUACCAGGUCCCCAUCUGCACCCUUAAGUUGACAAAGCCGCUUUAUCUCUUCAACAUGGAUCAGAUGUUCUUGGCGGAAGAAGGCGCCGCCAUGUCUUCACUGGCUGCUCGUUCUCUCGGUAGGGAUAGGAUGGACGAGUACGAUUGCCAGCACAAGACUCUUACUACGUGGCCGCCGCGGAACUGGAGCUUUGCUGGCGAUGACGAGCAGCUUGCAUGUGCAGUGAACCCACAGGGACCUGAGGAUGGGCCGACUCCCAUGUCUGGUGAGGCGACUUCGCUCAUGUGGUCUCGGGGGCAUCGCGUCGCAGAGGGUGUCCGGGCGCUGCGGGAGCGUNUUCCAAACUCUCCCAGCGAUCAUCGCUUCCCUCAAGGGCUCCAGCAUAUGUACUCGAUCAACACGCUCCGUCCGUACUCUUUACCGCGCCAGCACGCUCUCAACAUUCUUGCCCAUCGACAUGGGUAUCGCUCGCAGUGGUGGGGCACCCCAAAACAGUGGUUGAGCAUCGGCGUCCUACCGCAACCUGGCCAGGUCGAACACAUUGUGCCGAUUUCAGUUCCGUCCAAAAUUGUGCACAUAUCCCUCAUUGAGGAUGCCGAGACAGUGAUGCAGCGGUGCAUUAUUCUCGCGAAGCGUUGCAAGCUCAUAUAUGUGUUCGAUUCGGCGGCCCCAGGCGACUUCUCGGAGAGCGUUGGCGACGCUAUGGGAGUGCGUGCGCGGACCCAUGCGCAGCAGCCGACGAGCUUUCUAUCCGACCUGGGCGAUGCGAUGCACCACGACAGUGAACCAGAUCGGUUUUCGAAGAUUCUCAUCAGCGCGCUGGAAGACAUGCGAGUCAACAAGUGGUUGCUGCCUGUGUACUUCACAUUGCGGCAGCUCCGAACGUUGAAACUGAAGCUCCGCCCCGAUGCCGUAGGGCUUCUCCCAACGGCGGCUGGGACGACCGGGGUGCUCCACAUUCGUGACGGUGCUGAGGGUGUCGGGGCCUGGGAUGGGGAGGGGAGCGUGGCUAGCGGAGAAGCGGCAACAGCCGCGACUGCACCGACGGUUACUGUGGGUGGUGACGCAGCAUCGACCGAACCUCGAGGUGGGAUGACUCUGUCGUGUCGUGACCCGGCAAUCCCCACCAUACAGAGCACGACGACGCCUGCGCGGGGCUCUGCUGGGAUGCUUGAGUACUGGUACCACGUAUCGCAGGUGUACUUCCCCGAUUCGUAUCUCGUGCCAUCCGUCGUGUUGACGGCGGAGUUUGAAAGCCCUGGUGUGCCGUUGAAUGGGGUGAACGGCCAACGCCUACCGUACACGGCCCUGCUCUACGAGUCUUUGGUCAAUCAGCACCCCGAAGUUGCCGCGGUCGUGAGGCGCGCUUCCGCUGCGGACGUGGAACGUGGCACUGACGACGCGGGUUUGAAGGUGUCCCGGAAGUCGGCGGAGCGCCGAAGUUGUGUAGGUGCUCAGGAAGCGGCGCCAGUGCAGCAGGGCCUGGGUAGGAACCAGGAUAUAGCGCCGCCUCGUGCUUCCGCCGCCGCACACACUUUUGGCUCCUCAGAGAUGGAGGUGGACGAGGAGGACCUUGUGAUCGCGCGCUUCGUCGCAACUCACUCCUCGCCGAAGCACACACAGGGGCGGUCCUUGUGGUACCAGGCUCAGGACGUGCUCGCCGCGGGUGGGGUGGUGGACGUGAACUCCGCUCCCGUCGAGGUGAUGAAGAAGCCGGCUGUACUCUGGAUGGGAUCGACGGAAGCCAGCGGCUCCGGGGCCCUCGGGGGCAGCAGUAUCGACAGCUUACCGGGCAAUGUGUUGUGUAACGUGGAGUGCUUGAUGAACCCGGAUGAGGCUCUUUGCCUGAUCUCCGCGCCCUUUGACCCCAAGUGA